AUAAUAAUGGUGCGGUAGCGCCCCAGAAAAGAAUCGGCGACAAAUGCACCCAACAAAGGCAGCAGCUGCGCCGUUCCAGACCACGCGUUCACGUUCUCGGCCGCCGUGACCGUGGACUGCCCCAGCGGCCCAGUCAGGAAAAAAUAAAAGUGGGCUUUUGAAUUCAUCAUCGAUAAAGAAAAUGGCCCCCAUAGAAACACCCACUACUGCAAUUGUCAAGCUGAAGAAAGGGCAAAAAGGUAAUUGCACAGCGCAAAAUCAUGAGAGGUGACACGUGUGCUUUGUAUAUCGAUCGUUUGAAGUUUGUAUGCCAACAGAAACGACGUCGUGUAAUCCCAGACCUCGGAACCGGAACGCUUGGGGAGAUUGUGAAAGUUUCUCUUCUUACAUUUCUUGAGCAUCAGAUCUGCUUCGUCUUCUUCUGCUUAUUUCUCUUGAGCCACUGCAUCAGAUCGGCUUCUGUUUUUCUUCCACUACAUCCGGAAAUGGGUACGACUGCUAAGUCUACAAACUCUCUUGCUUUCUUCUUCAAUCAUUUGUGUAUGGAUCCUCGUUAUUCUCAUGCAAGGCUUUCUUUCCAUGCUCUAUAUUUUUAUUAUUAUUAUUAUUAUUAUUGUCGUAGUUUUAGUGCUACUUCUGCUAACACUACCAAUAGUGGUAGAGAUAUUGUGGAAAGCCCCAAUCAGUUCUUGCAAUCUGUGAGAGAUCGAUGCAGAUCUCGAAGCUUAAGCAAUCUUGAUGAUGCCUUACCCCUGUUUCAUAGAAUGCUUCACAUGUACCCCUUGCCUUCCCUCGUGGAUUUGAAUCAAUUGCUGGGUGCAAUUGCAAGAACGAAGCAUCACUCAACUGUGAUUUCUCUGAUUAAAGAAAUGGAAAUGUCAGGAAUUGCUCCCGAUGUUUGUACUCUAGGUGUUUUGACUAAUUGCUUCUGCCAUUUGAGCCGGGUGGAUUUUGGCUUCUCUAUCUUAGCAAGAAUUUUGAAACUAGGUUUCCAACUGGACUCUAUAAUUCUUAAUACCCUUGUCAAGGGGCUCUGUCUUCAAGGUAGAAUUGCUGAAGCUGUGAAGUAUGCUAACAAAAUGGAGAAGAUUGGCUAUAAACCUGAUACAGUUACUUAUGGAACAAUCAUAAACAGUAUGUGUAAAAUAGGUGAGACUAGGGUGGCUAUUGGGUUGCUUCGAAAGAUGGAAGAAUGAAAGCUUGAACUUAAUGUAGUGCUGUAUAACACUAUCAUUGAUAGUUUAUGUAAGGACAGAUUGGUAACUGAAGCUUUAAACUUUUUACCCGAAAUGACAAAUAGAGGAAUUCAGCCAAGCAUUUUCACUUACAAUUCUUUAAUUCAGAGCCUAUGUAAUUUCGGCCGGUAGAAGGAGACAACUAAACUAUUGAAGGAGAUGGUUGAAAGGAAAAUCAUGCCAAAUGUGUGUACAUUCAGCAUAUUGGUGGACACACUUUGGCAAAAAAAAGAUGUUGAAAGAGGUAAAAGAAGUCUUUGAUGUAAUGAUUCAGAGAGGGAUAGAGCUCGACACAAUCACUUACAAUUCUUUAAUUGACAGUUACUGUUUGCAAAAUAGAAUGGAUUAGGCCAGAACGGCCGGAUUCCUGCAAUUUUCGCCAAAAUUCGGUAAUUUUUGGCCGGAAUCCGGCCACUUUCGCCGGAAUCCUGCCAACCCAGAUUCCGACGAAACUGUUCGGAUUCCGGCCUUUAUCUUGGAUUCUGGCUAUAGUAGCCGGAAUGACGGAAUUCGGUAAAAGUGACCGAAAUCCUGUCUGUCAGUGACAGAA